AAUCAAUCACAUAUCAGUGAUUGAAUGAACGAGAAAGAACUACGAGAUCACAGCCUAGUCAACUGAAAUCCAAGAAAUGAACGGCCUGUCUCUCUCGGAGCUCUGCUACCUCUUCUGCUGCCCUCCAUGUCCCUCUAGGAUCACUGCCAAGCUCGCCUUCCUUCCUCCAGCUCCCACAUACGCUUUCAUAGAAGAGGACUCACCCUCUUCCUCCAACUCCUCGUCCUCCCCGUCCCCGCCAGUCAGUAACUGCUCCCUACACCUGACAGAGAAGGCGGAAUGGCAGUACAGUCGCUCGGAGCUGGAGGUCAUAGAUGUAUUCUAUACCCGCUCCAGACGCGGGAACAGAGUUGCUUGUAUGUAUGUAAAGAUAACAGACUCCCCUGAAUUCACCAUUUUAUUUAGCCACGGCAAUGCCGUAGACCUCGGUCAAAUGUCUAGCUUCUUUAUUGGACUUGGUAAUCGCAUAAAUUGCAACAUUUUAGCUUACGACUACUCUGGUUAUGGGGCGUCGACGGGGAAGGCCUCCGAGGCCAAUAUCUAUUCCGAUGCUGAAGCAGCUUGGGAGACACUGAAAACUCGUUUCGGCCUUAGACCCGAUCAGGUCAUACUUUACGGUCAAAGUAUCGGUACAGCGGCUACUGUUGAUCUAGCAACAAGACAUGAGGUCGCGGGAGUAGUACUACACUCUCCUCUGAUGUCAGGGAUGAGGGUUGCAUGUCCUGACGUGAGGCGCACUUGGUGCUUUGAUUCAUUUGCAAGCAUUGAGAAAAUAACUCGUGUUACUUCACCCGUAUUAGUAAUACAUGGGACUGACGAUGAAGUAAUUGAUUUUACUCACGGGCUAGCUUUAUUUGAGAGAGCCCCAAGGACUGUGGAGCCACUAUGGGUCGAAGGAGCUGGUCAUAAUGAUGUAGAGUUAUAUGGACAAUAUCUCGAUAGGUUGAGGAAAUUUAUACAAGUUGAUAUACGCUCUUCUUAGCCCUUAUUAUUAUAACUAGCAUUCUAUUCUUUAUAAAGCAAUCAUUACUUCAUGUUUUCUCAUCUUUUAAUUUUCUCUUUCUGUUUCCUCUCUUUCUCUUUCUGUUGGUAAUUUGUAAUGAUGUGUAUGUUCUUUUAAAAACAA